AUACCUGGGAGGUCCCAUUUGAGGAGAUCUCGGAGCUGCAGUGGCUGGGCAGCGGUGCGCAGGGAGCUGUCUUCCUGGGCAAAUUCCGGGCAGAGGAGGUGGCCAUCAAGAAAGUGAGAGAUCAGAACGAAACGGAUAUCAAGCACUUGCGGAAACUCAAACAUCCUAACAUCAUUGCGUUCAAGGGAGUUUGCACGCAAGCCCCAUGCUACUGCAUCAUCAUGGAGUACUGUGCACACGGACAGCUCUAUGAAGUGCUGCGAGCAGGGCGGAAAGUCACCCCUCGACUGCUUGUGGAUUGGUCCACGGGGAUUGCAAGUGGGAUGAAUUAUCUGCACCUUCACAAAAUCAUCCAUCGAGACCUCAAGUCACCAAAUGUUUUAGUUACACAUACAGAUGCAGUAAAAAUUUCAGAUUUUGGUACAUCUAAAGAACUUAGUGAUAAAAGUACCAAAAUGUCUUUUGCGGGAACUGUGGCUUGGAUGGCCCCAGAGGUGAUACGCAACGAGCCUGUCUCUGAAAAGGUGGAUAUCUGGUCGUUCGGGGUAGUUUUGUGGGAGCUGCUUACGGGAGAGAUUCCCUACAAGGACGUGGACUCUUCGGCCAUCAUUUGGGGAGUGGGCAGCAACAGCCUGCACCUUCCUGUCCCUUCCACCUGCCCAGAUGGCUUCAAAAUCCUCAUGAAGCAGACCUGGCAAAGCAAGCCCCGGAAUCGUCCCUCCUUUCGGCAGACACUGAUGCACCUGGAUAUCGCAUCUGCUGAUGUGCUGGCUACUCCUCAGGAAACCUAUUUCAAAUCGCAGGCUGAAUGGAGAGAAGAAGUGAAGAAACACUUUGAGAAGAUUAAAAGUGAAGGAACUUGUAUCCACCGGCUAGAUGAAGAAUUGAUUCGUCGUCGAAGAGAAGAGCUGAGACAUGCUUUGGAUAUCCGUGAACACUAUGAGAGGAAGCUGGAGCGAGCCAACAACUUAUACAUGGAGCUCAGUGCUAUUAUGCUGCAGCUGGAGGUCCGUGAGAAGGAGCUCAUAAAGAGGGAACAAGCAGUGGAAAAGAAAUACCCUGGGACUUAUAAACGCCACCCAGUCAGGCCAAUAAUCCACCCCAAUACAGUGGAGAAGCUGAUGAAGAGGAAAGGGGUCGCCCACAAACCAGGCAGCCAGACUAAACGGCCAGAUCUUCUGAAGUCAGAGGGCAUACCAAGCACAGAAGCAGCGUCCAAUGGUUCACCAGUCUCAGGAAGUCCCAAAAUGUCAACGCUGAGUGGCAAAAGCCGCUACCGCAGUAAGCCACGUCACCGCCGAGGGAACAGCAAAGGCAGCUACAAUGAUUUUGCAGGGAUCUUGAAAAACCAGCCAGUGCAAGAUGAUGCACCCCCACCUCCACCUCAUAAUCAUUCUCACCAUCCCAGCCUACCGCAGCAACCUGGCCACAGCCAUCCCCACGGCCAUCACACACGGCUUCAUGCCCACGGACAAGAUAUCGCCAACUGCGCAAACAACUUGCGGUACUUUGGCCCCGCAGCAGCGCUGCGGAGCCCUCUCAGUAACCACGCGCAAAGGCGGAUGUCGGGUUCCAGCCCCGACCUCAUCUCUGCUGCCAUGGAGGCAGAUUGCCGAAGGAAUCUGGAGAGCAAGGAAAGCAAAGCUGAUCACUGGGAGUGUUGCAAAACAGAUCCAUAUAAUUCCUGUCUUCAGUGCAGGGAGGAGGACAGUGGUCAGGUGCAGAUGUCGUCUGUUGACACAGGGAUGAGCCAUUCUGAAUCCCCAACGUCUGCUUCCCUGUACGAAAAUGCGCAGUUCAUGGAGAAGAUGGAGGAAGAGGGCUACAGCAACUGUCAGUCAGCGUCGGCCCUGGGCACUCCCCAGCACAUGGCCUCCUCCGUGCUACCUUGCAAAGCAAGACCCCUUCAGAAGAGCGGUGAUGACUCUUCAGAAGAGGAAGAGGGCGAAGUAGACAGUGAAGUGGAGUUUCCUCGUAGACAAAGGUAA